GCGACGUCGUGACGCGUCGCCGCGUCUCGAGUGCUUUCGGUUUUUUUUUUUUUUUAUAAGAGAGAACUUCGUAACGUAUCGUAAGAGAACGGUUUCGUAGUAGCGAGAUUUAGACGUUAGAAAUAAAUAAAUAAAUAAAUAAAUAAGAACGUACGUAUGUACGUACGUACGUACGUACGUACGUACGAACAACCGACCGACCGACCAACCGAACGAACGAACGAACGAAAGUAAGAAAGAAAGAAAGAAAGAAAGAAAGAAAGUAAGAAAAUCAAAGUAAAGAAAAGAAAAAGGAAAAUGGAAGUCGUUCUUGGUCGAUACUAUAUUUGAAGUAUAAAACGAGUGUGGCGAAGCGUCGAUCGAAAAAGAUUUUCUUCUGGUUAGAACGAACGUUCACGACGUUCCUACUAGAUCCAGAGCGAAGAAAGAAGGAAAGGAAGAGGAAGAAAAGAAAGAAAAGAUAGCAAAGUGCAAUGUCGUAUCACCGCGGAGGUCAAACGGGCUCCGUAGCCGUGUCUUACAGUACCAGCCCAAUGGCACCACAUUCACCUAGCAGGCGAUAUUCAAGUGGCUCGACAUCUUCGAGUACAACAACAUCCGGUGUUGGAGGUGGUGGUGGUGGUGGUGGUGGUGGCGGUGGUAGUAGUAGUGGUGGUGGUGGUGGUGGAGGUGCUAGUAGCAGCAGUGGAGUAACCGGUAGUGGAGGGAGCAGUAGUUCAACGUCCAAGUACAAUUACACCUCAAGAGAUACCCCAUCGUCGCUUCGAGAUCGUUCGAGCAUUUAUUCAUCGUCCCCAUCAUCGACGAUUCCUAGUCUUCGUUCCAGCUACGUUUCCGAUUGCAGAAGAUCUUAUUGCCAAACUGGAAGUUACUACUCAUCGGCUACGACCAGCAGCCUCCGCAGGAGCUACUUGUCGGAGUACAGCCGACCUCAGUGCUCACCCUCAAGGUCUUCGUACGGCGGUGAUACAACUGGCAUCGGUGGAAGCGUCUGUAGUACUCUGGCAAACGGCAUCAGUAGCAUCGGUUCCAGCGGGCGAUACACAUCGUCAACAUCAUCUUCCUACCUAUCAUCUUCAACCGCUUCUUCGAGGGAUCGUACCUUGGAAUCGUCGGCGUUACGUCGAGACAUUAACGCGGACAUCAUUGGAAGGUGUUCGCCUUUGGUUUACGUACCUAGCGUCGUCCGUCACUCUUCUCAGAGUGGCACUCAUCGUUGGAAGCAACAGCAACAUUCGAAGGCAGCAACAACAGGGAUUGGUGGUUCGUCUUUGAACGAAUUGAUCGGAGGGGAGGAACACGAAAGGAAACGAACGGGAAGUGUACGUCCCGAAUCUUCGCUCUCCUCGUCUUCCUCGUCGUCAUCGUCGUCCGCCAUCACAGGUGGUGGGCUUUGGUCGAGGUCUAAGGGGAGGCCACCUACCGCCGGCAGCACGGUGCUCACCACCGGUACGGGGCAUGCACGCGCCCACAGCGCAACAUCGUCCGUCGAGGUAACAAUCGCCGGUCAUCGGGCUGACGAGGACGAUGACGACAACGAAAUCGACGACGAUGACGACGACGACGACAUUGAGAACGACGAUGACGACGAGGACGAGGAAGACGACGGCGACGUCAACGACGAUAAUGAUUACGUGAACGACGAGGACGAGAACGAGGACGAGACUAACGAGCGCGAUAACAACGACGACGACGACGACGACGACAACAACGAGGACGACGAGGACGACGAGAACGAGGACGUUGACGCGGCCAUUGGGCCAGCGAAUGUAAAUGACGACGACGACGACGACGAGGACGACGAUCGACGGAACGACAAUAACAACAAUAACGCCAACGGCAAUCUCGACGGGAGCGGCAACAGGAAUAAUACUAGCAGCAAUUCGGGCUCCAACGAGGAGGACGGAUACGUCUACGAGCAGCUAGAUUAUAACGACGAUCCGCGGCGCGACGAUGACGACGCGGAUAACAAUCGUAUCAACCGCCAUCACCACCAACGCGCUCGUCGUUCGGUCAGCAACAAACAACGUAUCUCCGUUUCCCCGACGGCCGAACGUAAUGUCGCGGCGACCAUAGCUGCCGCCAUUGUUGCUGCCGUUAGACCGCGUAACGAGGGUGGUGCUGGCGGUGGUUUGAUUCCUGUUAAUCUUGACCUGCUAACUAAUCUCGCUAAUACUAAUCCAAAUAAUACCACCGAGCAUUUGAUCGAUAACGACGAGCAGAGUAGUCAACACAAUUCCUCGCUCCAGUCGGACGAUUUUGAGAUCGACGAUAACGAGGUAAUACGUGGGGUCAACGAGAUAGCCUCGAUCGAGCCGGUCGAUACUUAUCGUCGGAAUGUUCUUUCCUCUGGAAAUCACGACAUAUUGGACGGUCUCAGUACCAAAAGCAAUUCGCCCGUUAAUCCAUUCGAUAUCGAGGAAAAUGACUUUGAGGUCAGGACUUUGUAUACCGUACUUCAGAACGGUCUAUCGGGAAGAAACUCCGAUGACCAUUCCGACGAUCCGUCCGUACCUUCGACGUCCAGCCGGCAGGAAGGACAUUUCUCUGGAAUCGACAGGAACACGGGGGCAUCCGCUAGUGGUGGUCUUACCUCAUCUUCCCCUGCAACACCUAACACGAGACAGCAAAGUCUCUAUCGCGCUGGCAACGAGCAGUUCGAGGGAAGUCCAACCAACAGACCGGUGCGUAAUCCAUUCCAAGCUCAUCGGGACGAAAGAUGUGGCUUAAACGGUUUGCGAAAUAUCGGAAAUACAUGUUUCAUGAACAGCGUGAUCCAGUGUCUGAGCAACACCAGACCACUUUUAGAAUACGUGAUGAACGAAUAUUACUUGGUCGACAUAAAUACCACAACGUCGAGUAUGAAAGGUGCUUUGAUAAAAGCGUUCAGUCAAGUAAUACAAGAAUUGUGGCAAGUUGACGGGGAUCACGUGGUCAAUACAUUAGCUUUAAAAUCUCAAAUACAAAGAUUUACGCCACGAUUCAUGGGUUAUAGUCAACAAGAUGCUCAAGAGUUUCUCAGGUAUUUGUUGGAAGGAUUACACGAGGAUGUUAAUAGAGUCACCAUUAAACCACAGCCGAUUCAUACGGACAUACCUGAUAUGUAUACGGAUAGCGAAAAAGCAGCAGAAAGUUGGAAACGUUAUCUAAGAAGCGAGGACAGCAUGGUAGUCGAUUUAUUUGUUGGACAAUUAAGAUCGUCCUUACGUUGCACAUUCUGCGAUCACGUAUCGGUAACAUUGGAUCCAUUUUGGGAUUUAAGUUUACCGAUUCCAGCUAGAAGUGGCACGGUCAAGCUCAGCCAAUGUUUGGAACAUUUUACGCGUGAAGAGGUUCUCGAUGGCGACGAGAAACCAACGUGCUCGAAAUGUCAGAUGAGAAGAAAGUGUACCAAGAGCUUCGGCAUACAAAAAUUUCCGAAAAUUCUUGUCAUUCAUUUGAAACGCUUUUCGCCGAUGGAACGAUUUCGUGGCAAGCUGAACGUAAUGGUUGACUUUCCAUUGAUGGACUUGGAUCUCAGUGCCUUUGCCGCUCCAAGAGUACCGGGUUGCACGUACAAUCUUUACGGUGUCGCCAAUCAUUCCGGUACAACUUAUUCCGGUCAUUACACGGCGUAUUGCAAGCAUCCGUAUUCAGGAGAGUGGCACGAGUAUAAUGACAGCCAUGUUUCGGGGAUAUCAGCUAAAUCGGUUGUUUCCAGCGAAGCCUAUGUAUUAUUUUACGAACAGCAGCCCCAUAGUUCUCAUUUGUAACCUCACGCCAUGUUGUUUGAUCAGCGACCAUCUUGCCUCUUGAUAUAUUAUGUACCAGGCUCGGUCCAGCCUUUUAGCAAUACUCUUCUAUCGUGUGCGAUAUUCAAAAGCGAACAGUAAAUAAUAAACUGGACGACAAGGACGGGUCACUUUACUCAGGAACGUAGCGUAUUUCGCGCGACGUCUGUGACAAAAGCCUCUCUAUUGUUCUUUUUCUUUUUCUUCUUUUUCAUUUUCUUCUUCUUUUUCUUCUUCUACUUCUUUUUCCUCCUCCUCCUCCUCCUCCUCCUCCUCUUCCUCUUUAACUUUUCUUUUCUCUCUCGACAAUUUCUUUCCUUCUUCUUUUUUUUUUUUUUAAUUUUUUUUUUGCUGCUCUUGCGCGUUUUUUUAUUUCUUCUUUUUCUUUUCCUUCUUUUUUUUUUUUCUUCCCCACUGUGAAAUUUUACUUUCGACGAUAUGGAACGAGUUGAGUUUAGUUCAAUCGACUUGGUAAAAAGAAAGGGGAAAAAAAGGGAAAAAAAAAUAAUAAUAAUAAAAAAAAACACAACACUCUCUCACGCUUUAAACUCUCGUCAUCCAUCAUCAAGCCGCUUCAAAUAAAGUAUUCCGAGAUUUGUUCUUGGGUUUAUGCUUCUUUCGGAUAUGCGAUAUAUAUAUAUAUAUAUAUAUAUAUAUAUAUAUAUAUAUAUAUAUAGCGCAUAAAAAAACGAGGAAAAAUAAGAAAAUGCGUAGACGAAAAUCCAAAAAGGGUGUACGUGUAUGUAUGUAUGUAUGUAUGUAUGUAUGUAUGUAUGUAUGUAUGUAUGUGUGUGUGUGUGUAUGUGUGUCAGUGUGAUGGUGACGAUGUGUUUCAUAGAAAUUAUAUUUUUAGGGCUAUCAUUACGAACACCUAGCAAGUUUUGCGAACAAAAAUGCAAUUAUUGUCAUUAUUAUUAUUAUUGUUAUUAUUAUUACUAUAUUAUUAGUAGAAUCGAUCGUAAAAUUUUGGCUCGAAAAUGGAAUCAAUAAUUAAAAUCAAUCUUUUAUGAAAUAUUUUUAUGAGAAGAGGAAAAGAAAGAAAGAAAGAAAGAAAGAAAGAAAGGACAACGUAAUCAUGAUUUAUUAAUAUUUGUUGAUGGUGAACCAUAGGCCAUGAUGAUGCUUCGUCGUCGCCAAAGUUUAGAAACGCGCGCAUUGUACAAUCGGGUGUGUCUCUAAGUUACUUUUUAAUCGACGAUAAUAGUAACUCUUUGUCUCUUGAUCUUUUUAUUAUUAUUAUUAUUAUUAUUAUGAUUAUUAUUAUUAUUAUUAUUAUUAUUAUUAUUAUUAUUAUUAUUAUUAUUAUUAUUAUU